CGUCAUCAUGGGCUUCCGUCAGACUUUAUCGCUUUGUACACUGCUGUCGCUGUUUUCUCUGAAAGCUUCAGCAAAUACUGGUGUUCCCAUUGGACCUCUUUACGCUCGACAAAUUGACCAGAAUGAUAAAGACUACUAUCUCGGUUAUCGCGAUGCGGAUCGCAAUACUUCCUGGGCGAAAUACUUUAACGAUACUCCCCCGGUCUUGAGCAGGGAGAUUCUUUCUGGUCUUGCUGAAUCCCCUCACCCGUCCAGCCUCGGCGUCAACAUCAGCGCUGCCCCCGAAGAAUUAGAUGCCCCUGGCUAUUCGGAGUUGGAAAAUGGAUUCGCUGUCCUCGAAGAUGGAUCAAUGACACUUACCAUUCGAUCUGAUGUCCCUAGUACGAUGACUGGUGAAAUGCUGGACUUUUGGUUCUCGUGGCACACAAACGAGACGUCGAAAUACAAGAUCUGGAAUCCCACUGCCCAUCAAUACGCAGCCAUCAACCCUCUUCCCCAUGAAAAGGCAUCGCGACCAUCCUACCGCGACCGAUACAUCAACGUAACCUCCUUCGUGGACGAAUACAUCGGCAACACCCCCUACAAACUCUCCAUCGGCUUCGUCGACCCAGCAUCAAUGGGCUUCUCCACCUCCACAAAAGAAAGCGGCGUGCUCGGCCUCGUCUCGGCAUUCGUCACCCUCCUCACCUACGCCGAGGAAGACCUGCCCACCAAGGCCGAAAAGGGAUUCACGCCUCUCUCUGCGGUCCUCGUGCACCAGCUCCGCAAGAAGCCCGACGGCAGCGGGAAUGAAGUGCGCUCGAGAUUUUGGUUUGGGGAUCUGCUGGUGCUGGGAAUGAACUUUGCGGGUGGGCCGAAGCAGUUGGCGCAUGAUUUGUCAGUGCACUGUGCGAAUGAAAUGACGCAUUUGGGGACGUUUUUGCCGGCGCUGUUUGAGGAGUUUAAGGAUGAUGUUGCUACUGGGUACUAG